GAUACAGAACGAGGUCAACAUGAAGGCUCUCCUCACCCUGGGGCUCUUCCUGCUUUCUGUCACUGUCCAGGCCAAGGUCUUUAGACGUUGUGAGUUGGCUAGAACUAUGAAAAAGAACGGAAUGGAUCACCACAUUGGAAUCAACAUGACAAACUGGAUGUGUUUGGCUCAGCAUGGAAGUAAUUAUAACACACAAACUACAAACUACAACCAUGGGGACCAAAGCACCGACUAUGGGUUAUUUCAGAUCAAUAGCCGAUACUGGUGUAAUGAUGACAAAACCCCCAAUGCAGUGAAUGCCUGUGGGAUCCCCUGCAGUGAUUUGCUCCUGGAUGACAUCACUCCAGCCAUACAAUGUGCAAAGACAGUUGUGAAGAGUCCAGAAGACAUGAAAAUAUGGUCGGCUUGGACAAGACACUGUCAACACGAAGAUGUCUCCCAGUACAUUAAAAACUGUGGAGUCUAACCGCCCCGUGCCUCCACCUCAGCUCACUCUGUCUCUUUGUCGCUAUAGAAGUAGUUAUGGGAAAGGUCACAUUUCCUUGGUUUCCCCUUCAGACAAGCAGGCUUUUAUCAGAAACAGGAGCAACAUGGGGACUGUUUCCUAAGAGACUUAAUGCUGACUAAUGUGAUCAUAGUUUUAUGGAAAGCCUCCAUUUUUCAGUUAGCCAAGGCAGCAGAUGCUGGUGACAGUGAUCUAGCAUUGAGUGUCACACACGUCUCUGUACAUCAGCUCUUCACCUAUGAAGUAAUUCACAUUAAGUUUUAUUGGAAUUAGUCUUCAUCUCCCCACUGUUGGAUAGACAUACAGCAGAAAUGUAAGGAGACAGUAGAUCUUGGGUAAAAUGGCAGCUGUAUGAGCUCCCAGGAUUUGUGUUGGCUCAGCACCCAGACAGUUAAGAAGAGCCACUAUGUGGGGUAAGGUGGGAUUUUAAGGGAACAUAAUUCUGAGUGGAUAUAACUGAGACUGCUUCAACUCAGAAAUUUGUCAUGAAAUGUGUGACCUUUCAAAAAAGUAUUUUCUUAGAGCUGGCCCAUUUAUACUCCUUGCAAGUAAAUUCUCAACUCAUGUCAAUCUGUGUUAACCCUUGAGGGAAUGAUCCAUACCUCUAGCUGAUCAUGAGGUAUUCAGGACAGAUUGGUCUCUAUGCUAGCCCUUAACUUUCUUAAAGUAGCUUCAUGCAUAUCAACUAACUCUGAGACAGAUGAGCUUGUAUCAGCAAAAUUAAGCACAUUAUGAAAAACUACAAAUAGCCAUUAAAUGAUUUCAAUGCACAA